UGCUCUCGACAAUCAAUAGUGUUGUUGUGGUCACAUGACAGGAAAUCAAUCACCUUUGACUUUGUCAUGUGUUCUCAUCUGUCAUCUUAACAAUCACAUGGUUUUCAUUUGACAGACUGAGCCACCACGCAAUUCCCUACCGCCUGAAUGGGCCCUGCUUUGUCUUUAUCCAUUGUAUUAUUGAUUGAUUAUUGAUCUACUACUGAUCAGUGUUUGCUUGGUGUGUUUGCACUGCAGUCCGUUGAACCUGCGGGGCAGGGGUGGGUUAUUCCUAACAAUAUAAAUUUGACACUUUUAUUGGCAAUGGACUUUCAGUGCAGGGUGGGGCUUGUCAUUCACGAGCUCGUUAAUGACUGAUUGACUUGUUUAAUCAGCCAAAAUAAAUAGUUUGUCACCGUGUGUGUGUGAUAGUACUGAUGAAUGAUUAGCAGUGACGUAGUCGUUAUCAGUCGCUGCAGCUCAAUAAAAGGAGGAAAACUUUGAGGGAAAGUCACUCAUUGAUCAUCAGAGCACAUUUGAUUAGUUUGCUCUGUCUUCAGUGUCAGGUUGUCACUGUGCUUUGUUGUCUUACUGCUCACACGUUGGGGAAAGUUUUGAAGGCAAACAAAUGAAUGACACGUUCAGGAUGAAAGCACGCGCUCGUCUGUCGUCUUUGGAGUUCUCGCUGAUCAUCACCUGCUCGCUGCUGCUGCUUUCUUGCGUUGGACUGAUGGCGCUGCUGUGGAUGGAUGUUCAGCCACAAGGUGACGCGCCACUCCCCGUUCUUGUUCUAGAUCUGUGGUCUCCCACGGUUUUUCCCGUGAGAGCUACUUUUACAGAAUGAAAAUCGCCGAGACUCCCAUUUUGUAUUUCAGGAUUCACUUCUUUCUCGUGUUCUCACGUUAUUAACAGAAAACCUGACUGAAAAGCAGGCUUGUGGGCAACUCAUGCGGUCGUGGGGGGCUGCCUGCUGCCCGCUUGGUGACCCCUGUUCUAGAUGUUUCCUCCUUAUUGGACAAAGGAAAAUACAUUUUCUUUACAUCUUCCACUGAGAGUGUAGUUCACUCAGCUGGCUUCCUGCAGCCAACAUGGCCAAGGUCGGCUGGGAUAGGCUCCAGCGACCCUGACCAGGAUAAGAACUAGAACGUGGACUAUUCUAGGCGAUUCUGAUCUAGAAGAUGACGACGAGGGCUGGUGCUAAUCAAAGACUUUUGUGCUGUGGCCAAGAUGGUGUCAAGCCAGGGGUGCUGAGCGGGGAGAUGGCCAUCACGAGCGGUGCGACGUUCUGCGAGGAACUGAAGAAUUCCAGCAGUGUGCAGUUUAAGUCUCUGGCUUUUGAUGUCCAACAUCUGGUGAAGGAGGCGUUCGCUCGCAGUCAUCUCAGCAAGCACUUUACCUCUUGUGAGAUUCUGCGCUUCACUCAGCCAGUCGACAGGCAUGAGGCAGAGCAACAGAUGAGGGCAGGCCUUGAAGACAGCAGGGGACUGGUGGUGGACAAAGACAGCAUCCACAUUACAGAGAAACACACGGCGACCACAGCCGCUCCAUCGACGCCUGUGACAGACUUCCUGCGCCGACCGAUCCAUGUGCAUCGACGUCGAUCGUUUGUGUGAUGGCAUCCGUGACUGUGCAGACGACUCAGACGAAGAUGCCACCCGUUGUGCAACAAGGUGUGAUGGACAGUUCGUGCUGUUUGGGCCAACGGGAUGGUUCGCUUCUGAGACGUACGAAACUCGUGGUUUCUGUCGUUGGAUCAUCAGGGUCCAAAGUGGAUUUUCAGUACGGAUCAACUUCCACAAGUUUGUGAGCAACGAAAAUGUUGACAUUCUGAGAUUUUAUGAAGGAGUUGGCGCUGAAAAGUGGCUUGCGGCCGAGCUCUCAGGCUCCACCCCUCCUGGGACUGUGUGGCUGCUGACAGACCAGUCGACCGUUGAGUUUUCCUGGGACGAUUUUACCAACAAGUCGGGAUUCAACGCCACCUUCCGUGCCGUCAACGUGUCACGGCUCUCCGUUGAGGAGAAGCUAACAUGCACCUUUGAGCAAGGCGUGUGCUUGUGGAGGCAACAUCAUGACGACGAUGGCGACUGGCUUCGAACCAGAGGCUCCACCUUCCCUCCGCUCACUGGCCCAAGUGUCGACCACACCCUGGGAAACCUGUCGGGUUUCUACUUGGUCACGCCUCUGAGCCCCGGCCAAUGGCUGAAAAGCUUUAGGAUCCACAGCCUGCCUGUGGCUCCACCCCUUCAGCCCAUGUGUCUGCAGUUCUGGUAUCACAUGUUUGGAGAAGACGUCCAUCGUCUUCAAGUUCUGCUGCUCCAAAAGUCUCCUUCGCAUCCUCACGCUGUCGUCACCGUAGUCUUUAACAGAGACGGUAACUAUGGCGACCACUGGAAUUACGGACAGGUGCUCCUCAACCUGACAACUGACACUCAGGUUGUGUUUGAAGCUCUGAAGAAAGGAGGCUUUAGCAAUGAUAUCGCUUUGGAUGACAUCACACUGAUAUCUGAGCCAUGUGGCCCUGCACCCCCUGAACCAACCAACGUGCCAACUCCAACCACUACGCCCCCUAUACCAGCGGACUGCGGAGGUCCUUUUGAACUGUGGGCCCCAAACGUGACCUUCAGCUCUCCAAAUUACCCAGAAAACUACGGAAACAAAGCUCGCUGUGCGUGGACGCUGCACACUGUCCCAGGUCAAAACAUCCAACUUCACUUCCUGGAUAUCGAUGUUGAGGCUAACUAUGACAUGGUCGAGGUGAGGGACGGGGCGGGGCCAAACUCCACCUUACUGGCCGUUCUCACUGGCAGCGAAACCCCCGCCUAUGACUUCUUUUCCACAGCCAAUCAGAUGACAGUCUGUUUUUUUACGGACAACUCGGGUCACGGUCGAGGAUUUAAAGCCAACUUCACCUCCGGGCUCAACUUAGGCUCACCAGAUCCGUGUGCUGAAGACCAGUACCAGUGUGGGACAGGUGACUGUAUCCAUGGUAACAGUCAGUGUGAUGGCGUGCUCGACUGUCACGAUGCUUCAGAUGAAGCUGAGUGUGUUGUGUUACAGAUGAAUGCUUCACGUCGUCUCCAGUUUCAGAUUGGCUCCUCUCUGUUCACUGUGUGUGCGGACACCUGGAACACUCAGCUGUCUCAUUUCACCUGUCAGUACCUGGGACACAGGUCCGGGUGGAGCACCCUGCUACCGGCCAUGACAGGAGAUUCACCUUUCACGAGUGUCAAGGUCACCAGUGAUGGAGGUCUGGAAUCCAACGUGAGUGAAACUUGUGUUGGCAACCGUGUGAUUUCUCUCCAGUGUGACAACCAGCCGUGCGGCACUCGUUUCGUCGCCAAUGACAGCGUGGACCAAUCGCCGGCCAGGGAAGGUGAGGUCAAAGUGGUGGGCGGGGCUGACAGUGUGAAAGGAGCGUGGCCGUGGAUGGUGUCACUGCAUUGGAAGGGUCGACAUGUGUGCGGCGCCACUUUGCUUGGCAAUAAUUGGCUGCUGACUGCCGCCCACUGUGUGUAUGGGAAGGACCACCCCCUCCGCUUGUGGUCGGCAAAGUUUGGACUUCAUACCCAGACUGACGCGAACAACGUUGAAACGCGCCGACUUGAUCGCAUCAUCAUCAACGAUCGUUAUAACCGACUGACUAAAGAUAGCGACAUCGCCAUGAUGCACUUAAAGAUGCCCGUCAACAUGACUGAGUUGAUACAACCAGUGUGUUUGCCUGAAAAAGGUCAAGAAUUCCCAGCAGGAAGGAAAUGUUUCAUUGCUGGUUGGGGACGAGAUGCUGAUGGUUCUCUUCCAAAUGUACUCCAGGAGGCCUUGGUCCCACUGGUAGACCAGGCUCAGUGUCAGCAGCACUUGCCUGAGUACACUCUUACCUCCAACAUGCUGUGUGCAGGAUACCGAGAGGGUGGAGUCGACUCUUGCCAGGGAGACUCUGGAGGUCCGCUAAUGUGUCAGGAGGAUGGAUACUGGACUCUCAUUGGUGUCACGUCCUUCGGGAUCGGAUGUGGUCAGCCUGAACGGCCUGGCGUUUACGCUCGUGUCUCGUCCUUUGUGCCUUGGAUUGCUCAGACUCGAGGCUCCUCCUUGCUGUGGGGGCCAUGACCACUGAUGACAUCAUCAAGCUGCAGC